GUUCCCAGCCUGCCCUGCCCCGCCUCCUUCCCCUCCUUGGCCAUGGCCACCUCUGGACGCCUCAGCUUCACGGUGCGCAGUCUCCUGGAUUUACCGGACCAGGACGCGCAGCACCUGCGGAGGCGGGAACCGGAGCGCCGUGCCGCUGGGCCCGGUCCCUGCGCCACCUGGCUAGAAUCGGAGCGCGGCCACUACCCGUCUUCGGACGAGAGCAGCCCAGAGACCAGCCCUGCCGACUCGUCCCAGCGGCCGUCUGCUCGGCCUGCGUCUCCGGGCUCAGACGCCGAGAAGAGGAAGAAGCGGCGGGUGCUGUUCUCCAAGGCGCAGACGCUGGAGUUGGAGCGCCGCUUUCGGCAGCAGCGCUAUCUGUCUGCGCCCGAGCGAGAGCAGCUGGCGCGCCUGCUGCGCCUCACUCCCACGCAGGUCAAAAUCUGGUUCCAGAACCAUCGCUACAAGCUGAAGCGCGCGCGCGCGCCAGGGGCCUCGGAGUCGCCGGACCUGGCAGCGUCUAGCGAGCUGCGGGCCGCGCCGGGUCUGCUGCGCCGCGUGAUGGUGCCCGUGCUGGUGCGCGACGGGCAGCCGUGCGGCGGCAGCGGCGACAUAGGCUCGAUGUGUGCCCGGGACAAGAGGGGAGCGCCCCUGGCCACCGCCUGCCCUCUGCCGGGAUACGCCGCCCUCGGGCCGGGCUCGGCGCUUGGCCUCUUCCCUGCCUACCAGCACUUAGCGCCCCCCGCCCUGGUCUCCUGGAACUGGUGAGGCAGCUGCGGGGCGCGGGCACCUGACCCGGGAGUGCGCUCUGCGGAAGGAUGGGGGCUGGAGCCUGGGACCUUGAGCGCUCCUCGGGCCGCACCCCCGGCGCCGCGGUUCCUGUCCCGCUUUCACCUGCCUUCGCGCGGGGAACGUUUGCCGAUUUCCCCUUCCCUCGACCGCCA